AUGUUGCGUCUGGCAAGCUGUACAGCCCUGCUGUUCUUGCUUAGGCUCAUCCUGGGCCUCCCCUGGUACCAGGUGAUCCCUGCAAUCAUCAUCUUCUACCUGGGCUCUGGAGGAUGGAAAUUCGCUCAUAUCUUCGCCAAGACUGUGGGGAGGGACCUACAUGCGGCGUGUGUGCUGCUGAAGGUGAAGCUUAACGUGAAGAGGCAUCUGCGGGAGCACAACACCGUGCCUAAGAUCUUUGCCGAAACGGUUCGCAAGUAUGGCGACAAGACCGCUCUAAUUUUCGAGGGCACGGGCGAACGGUGGAGCUUCAGGCAGCUGGACGAGUAUUCGAACCGCGUGGCCAACCUGCUCCUCAGCCGUGGCUUCCAGCAGGGAGACGUGGUGGCUCUGUUUAUGGAGAACCGCUCGCAGUAUGUGGGCCUGUGGCUGGGUAUGGCUAAGAUCGGCGUGGAGGCAGCCCUUAUAAACUUUAACCUGAGGCUGGAGGCUCUGGUUCACUGUGUCAACAUCUCCGCCGCCAAAGCUGUGGUGUUUGGCAGCGAGCUGACUGACGCGAUGUGUGAGGUGCAUAGCUCCAUGGGGAAGACGGUGAAGUUGUUCUGUUCUGGUGACUGGGACCCUAAACGAGUGCCUGAAGGAACAGAAUGUUUAGAGCCACUCCUUGAUGCUGCCCCUACACACCUGCCUAGCCAACCACAGCGUUCAUUUACAGAUCGACUCUUCUACAUUUACACUUCCGGCACCACUGGGAUGCCCAAAGCAGCCAUUGUGGUACACAGUAGGUACUAUCGUAUGGCUGCUCUGGUUUAUUACGGCUUCAGGAUGAGGUCUGAUGACAUUCUGUAUGACUGCCUUCCACUUUACCACUCAGCAGGUAAUAUCGUGGGUGUUGGACAGUGCCUGAUUCACGGGAUGACUGUUGUCAUUAGGAAGAAGUUCUCUGCAUCCAAAUUUUGGGAUGACUGCAUUAAAUACAAUUGCACGAUCGUGCAGUACAUCGGAGAGAUCUGCCGCUAUCUGCUCAACCAGCCGGUGCGGGAUUGCGAGAAGAGGCAUCGAGUACGCAUGGCGCUAGGAAACGGCCUCCGCCACUCCAUCUGGGAGGAGUUCACUGGCCGCUUCAACGUGCCGCAGAUCGCAGAGUUUUACGGGGCCACCGAGUGCAACUGCAGCCUGGGGAACUUCGACAACAAGACCGGUGCCUGCGGCUUCAACAGCCAGAUCAUGCCUUUCAUCUAUCCCAUUCGCCUGGUCAGGGUGGACGAGGAGACCAUGGAGCUCAUCAGAGACCCCGAUGGAGUGUGUAUCCCCUGCAAACCAGGUGAACCUGGGCAGCUGGUGGGCAGAAUCAUUCAGACUGACCCCCUGCGUCGUUUUGAUGGCUAUGUCAACCAGUCAGCCACGAACAAGAAGAUUGCUCACAGCGUCUUUAAGAAGGGAGACAGUGCCUACUUGUCAGGUGAUGUGCUCAUUAUGGACCAGUACGGCUAUAUGUACUUCAAAGACCGCACAGGAGACACAUUCCGCUGGAGAGGAGAGAAUGUAUCCACCACAGAGGUGGAGGGGACCCUGAGCCGCCUUCUGGACAUGAAGGAUGUAGUAGUGUAUGGGGUGGAGGUGCCAGGUGUGGAGGGCAAGGCUGGCAUGGCAGCUAUUGCAGACCCAGACAACACCACAGACCUGCAGAAGUUUACCCGGGAUUUGGAGAAAGCUCUACCCCCCUACGCCCGCCCCGUCUUCCUGCGCUUUCUGCCAGAAGUAAAUAAAACAGGGACCUUUAAGUUUCAGAAGACCGAGAUGCGUCGGGAGGGUUUCGACCCCAGCGUGGUGUCUGAUAAACUCUAUUUCCUGGACUCCAGUAAGGGUUGUUACGCGGAGCUGAACACGGAGCUCUACCGCAGCAUCGUCUCAGGAAAGCAGAAACUGUGA